AUGGCCGCCUUGACAGAGCCUCAUGCUCACUUGGACGGAGCGAGCGACUCGUCUUCCCUGUCGGAUCCUCUCGAUACAACCAAUGAUGAAGGCUGGGAAGACGUCGAGCCAGACGAGGAGCCUGUAACCAUCGUCUCUUUAGUCGAUGACAGCACGUUUCGCGACCCACAGAGCAUGCUUGCUUAUUGCCGAGACACCCAUUGCCUCGACCUCUGGAAACUAAGGCAAGAUUUCGGUCUUGAUUAUCUAGGACUCGUCCGACUAGUCAAUUACAUCCGAUCGGAGGUCAAGGCGGGCAAUUUGCAGCCUGAUGUCUCCUCCAAGGCACUGUUCGAUGACGAAAAGUAUCUCAAGCCUGUCUUGGAGGAUGAUGCGCUGCUGUAUAGUCUAGAAGAUGUUUUCGAAGAGAACGACAGCCUAGCUCCGCCUCCAGAAAUCGAAAGACAGGAAAAAGUCCUAGAACAACUUGUGACUCUGCGGAUUCACGGCUUCGCUGAUCAAACGGCGGUGCAUGAUGCCAUACUAGACCGCCUUGAACAGUCAGAACCUACACGGGAGGCGAGUGCCUCUGCUCAGGGUGCAACAUCACGUAUCAGAAAACAAGUCGAUAACAAUGCUGAGGAAUUUGACAAGGAUUAUUUUCGUUCCUACUCGUACAAUGCAAUCCACGAAUCAAUGAUCAAGGAUCGCGUACGCACCGACGCCUACCGUGACUUCAUCUACGAUCACAAACAUCUCUUCAAAGAUAAAGUCGUCUUGGACGUUGGCUGUGGCACCGGCAUAUUGUCCAUGUUCUGCGCUAAAGCCGGUGCGCGGUUGGUCAUUGCGGUCGACAACUCGGGCAUCAUCCAAAAGGCUCGAGAGAAUGUGUUCAACAACGGUCUGCAGGACGUUGUCAAGUGCGUCAAGGGCAAGAUUGAGGAGGUCACUCUACCAGUUCCCAAGGUAGACGUGAUUGUAAGUGAGUGGAUGGGCUACUGUCUCCUGUAUGAGUCCAUGCUCGACUCGGUGAUCUAUGCGCGCGACAAGUAUCUGGCCCCGGAUGGCUUAAUGGUGCCUUCGCACGCGACACUACGAAUCACCCCUCUUGCAGACUCGGACUUGAAGGCCUCACACAUUGACUUCUGGCGCGACGUAUACGGCUUUGACAUGACCGCAAUGCUGGAGAAGGCGCAUGAAGAAGUCCUCAUACGGCUGGCGAACGACAAGGAACUUGCUGGCGAGAGCGUCGCGUUCCUCGAACUUGACCUGCAUCAGACCCGGGUGGAUGACUUGACGUUCACCAAACCAUUCGAGACAACGUGGCAUGAGGGAUUCAAGAUCCUGGAAGGAUUCGUCAUCUGGUUCGACAUCUUCUUCAACACGUCACGGGCUCAUGGAAUCGUCACGACCGGUAUGACAGCCGCCGAAGCCAAGGAAAAAGGUCUGAUCUCAUUUUCAACCGGUCCGCAUUCCGAAGCGACGCAUUGGCAGCAAGGGAUUUUCCUGAUCAAGGACCCUGUCGACGAGUUCAGUGCUGGGGACUGCAUCGCUGGCGAGGUGAGGUAUCUGAAGAAGCAAGGCCAGGAGAGGUCCUUGGAUAUUGAUAUCGCAUGGGGGGCAAAAGUCAGUGUUGGUGGAAAGGAGCGGGUGAAGAAGCAGAUGUGGAUCUUGGAUUGA